UUUCGGAGGGAUCCCUAUGCAAGCAAACCUCGUAGAGGUGACCCCCCCCCAGGCUUGAUCACGAGCUUUCCGUAUCAAACUUGCACACACAUGACGCCAGAUCCCGCUCCCUGCACUGGAUCCCACUACGACUCUGUGGCCGAAAGACAGGCACGGCGCGCAUUCAAACUGUACUGGCAUUCCCACGGGGACUUGAUGUACAACAGAAAGUUUUCCUAUGAAGAAACGCAUACAGAGAUAGACUAUGUGCAAUUGUGAGCAGGCCAAAAUUUCAUGACACGAACGGGUCGCUCUUUCCCGUCAUAAACACAGACAACUGCGGCAGUCGGGGCGGCCACGAUCUGAGAGCAGGAUGCUUUUGCAAACGUCGCGAGUCCCUGGCAGGAGGUGGGAAGAUCAUGGUACACCACGAGUCUUCUUGAAGGACAAUUUUUUAGGUGAGCCAACCGAGAUGUCUGGGUCCUCACAGCAGGGCAUGCCGGCCUUAGCCGACCAUUGAGCGUUUCAAGCCUCUCACACCGCGACGAACAGAGUAAUCCGG